GAUCAUCACUGCAUUUGUCUGAUUGACAUCACACCUCCCACAAUUUUUGCAUUCCCAUCUACAUCUUCUCCCUCUCACACAAUGGCCCCCCACGCCGACAGCCCUUCCGGCACCUCUGCCGCCACCCCCUCCAAGUACCACGCUGCCUCUACCGACGGCGCCAUCAAGACGGAGGAGGAGUACGCCGCGCACAACUAUCACCCUCUGCCUGUCGUCUUUGCGCGUGGUAGCGGCGUGCACGUCUGGGACCCCGAGGGCCGCCAGUACCUCGACUUCCUCUCCGCCUACUCCGCCGUCAACCAGGGCCACUGCCACCCCGAGCUCGUCAAGGCCCUUGCCGACCAGGCCGGCCGCCUGACCCUCUCGUCGCGUGCCUUCUACAACGAUGUCUUCCCCCGCUGGGCUGAGAAGGUCCGUGACGUCUUCGGCUACGACAUGGUCCUGCCCAUGAACACGGGCGCCGAGGCCGUCGAGACGGCCAUCAAGAUUGCCCGCAAGUGGGCCUACAAGGUCAAGGGCGUCGAGAAGGACAAGGCGCUCGUCUUCUCCGUCGAGGACAACUUCCACGGCCGCACCAUGACUGCCAUCUCCCUGUCCACCGACCCCGAGUCCCGCGACAACUACGGCCCCUAUGUCCCCGGCAUCGGAGCCUUCAGCCCCUCCACCGGCAAGCCCAUCCGCUACAACAACAUUGCCGACCUGGAGGAGGUUCUCGAGGCCCACGGCAAGGAGACGGCCCGCCUUCAUCAUCGUCGCGGCAAGGGUCUGCUGAACGCUGUCGUUAUUGACGAGUCGGGCCGCAACGGGCGCACGGCGUGGGACCUGUGCAUCCUACUCAAGGAGAAGGGCCUGCUUGCCAAGCCCACGCACGGCAACAUCAUCCGUUUUGCGCCUCCCCUCGUCAUCUCCGAGACUGACCUGCGCAAGGCCAUCGACACCAUCGGCGAGGCACUCAAGGAGCUGCCAAACGUCAAGAAGGCCGCCGGCCAUUGA